GACAAUGAUGAAUCUCGAGGGAUUUUCUGUGUCAUGUGAUUUUAACUGUGUUUAAUGAUCUGGUUGAUGGAGAUGGGAAAUUCAGAUUCUGCUUUUGGGUUCCUACUUUCACGAUGAAAAUUCUGAUGAUCUUGCUGUUGUUUGUAGUGUAGGUUUAUGGAUUUUGAUUUCUCAAGGAAAGAUGUGGAAUUUGGUGGUUUAUGGUUGCAUGCAAGAGAAUUGGUUCUUAGAAGGCUUGGCAGGCUAUUGUGCUUUGCUUGUGUCCUAGGCGUGUACUAGGUGUGUCGCUGAUUUCCUUGGAGGUCUUUAUGGUUAAGCAAGAUUAACAGCGUCGGUGUGUUCUCCUUUAUGAAUUUCCUUGAUGUGUUUCCUAAGUUAUGGUGUUGGAGAAGAGGUUGGAAUAUGGAUUUAAUGGCUAUCAGGUGCCUCCUACGCCACGAGCUGCGAGAUCAGUCAGGAGGAGGUGCUUAUUUAAGAGUAAGGCUGGCAACCGCCAAUUGUGUGCAUUUGACUUAUUGGCAACUGUAGCCGACAAGAUACUGUUGGACACAGGACGGUCUCCUCCAUCUGUGGAUACAUCUUCUGGAAGGGAACAACAAGCAAUUGUUGUAAGUUCAGUUGAGAAAGAAGAAAAGAACGAAGCUGAACCUUUUGAAGAAAAAUCUUUUGAUCGAGAUUGCUAUGAAAGGAAUUUUCUAUUUACUGAGCUUGUCUCAGAAGCUCCUAAUUUAAAGAUUUGUUCGAAUGAGCUUACAUGUGCUCAAAAUGAUGCAAUAUCAAGACCUACAUCUGGAAUAACGACUUCGGAUUGCUCAGAGAAGGUUGGUUCUGCAGAACAAUUGGUUGAUGAUGAUUGCAAGCUUCGACUUGGAAUUUCUAGUCCUUCUGUAGAUGUUGUGUCUUCUGAUUGCGGACUAUCUGCUAAGAGUGAAUCAGAAGAUGAAAGUAGGAAACAGAUAAAUAAUGCCUCAGCAAAUAAUAAGAAUUUGACAAAAAGAAAUAGGAAUGAUAUGCACAGUUCAGGGCGUCCAGAGGCUUGGGACAGAAAGCCUUCAGCAUUUAUUAGUUCAAUUGAUAGUGUAAAGUUUCCGUUUUGCAGUAAACACACUCCUUCUGGUGCUCUCCCUGUUAUCCGGGAUUAUAAAAAGUUAGCUACUAGAGAUGAUGACGAAAAUUACUCUGCGUUAAAUGACCCUAGCACUGGAAAUAAGGCCUGUAGACCAUCACGUGUUGGAGAUCACGGGACCAAGAAGACGCUACCAUCAAAGCGUUUUAAAGUCACUCUGGAUUUGAAGGACGAUGAACAUUAUAACGCUGAUAUAGAAAGAUGCAAUUACCUCAACAGGAAGAACAAUUUCAAGUGCGAAAGGUCUAUGAGGGAUUAUCCUUUCAAAAAGAGGAAAUUUUAUGACUGUGGCUCAGGGUCGAAUUGUGAUGAAGGCAUUGACAGCAAUGGAAUAUGUGUGGUUGAAAAUGGCACUAAUGAAGGUGAACGGGAUUCUCCUCCAACACCUCCAAGAGGUGAACAUGCAUCUUUUCCCUCUGGGAAUCCCCACGUGAAGCUUAAGAUCAAGUCUUUUAGGGUCCCGGAGUUAUUCAUUGAGAUUCCAGAAACUGCAACUGUUGGUUGUCUGAAGAGAACAGUUAUGAAAGCAGUGAAUGCAGUACUUGGUGGUGGAAUAUGUGUUGGAGUGCUUCUUCAGGGUAAGAAAAUUAGAGAUGAUAACAAAACCUUAUUGCAGACUGGAAUUUCUCAUGACAACAAAAUGGAUACCCUGGGUUUUACUCUUGAACCCAGAGUCACUGAGGCCCCAAUACAAUUGUGUCCUGAAGAUCGAUCGCGCCAACUUGUGCACAACAGUCAACUGCGGGCGAGGUACCCUCCUCCCAGUAUCACUCACGAUGCUGUGCAGCAGGGAAAUGGGGAUACUACACCUGAUCUUCCUGGAAUUAAUUUCAAGAACUUCAAAGAAAGUGACUAUGAUUCAGCUCCUUCCCCUUCUGAUAUGUCAUUACAGAAAACUGCUACAGAAACAGAAGCAUUAGUUCCCAUACCUGCAACGAAACCUGAUGCACUCGCUGUGGUUCCUUUGCGGACAUUGAAACGAUCAGAAUCUGCUCAGCGCAGAAUCCGUAGACCUUUCACUGUUGCUGAAGUGGAAGCUCUAGUUCAGGCUGUCGAGAAGCUUGGAACAGGAAGAUGGCGAGAUGUUAAGCUGAGAGCUUUUGAAAAUGCAAAGCAUAGAACUUACGUGGAUUUGAAGGAUAAGUGGAAAACACUGGUCCACACGGCAAGAAUAGCCCCUCAGCAAAGGCGAGGCGAGCCUGUGCCUCAGGAACUCCUCGAUAGAGUCUUGACUGCCCAUGCUUACUGGUCGCAGCAGCAACCCAGACAGCAUCUCAAAUCCCAGCCUGAUACUUGCCUUCUUCUCUGAAUAGAAACUAGCAGUGUCACUAUAGGAAAAACGGACAUGUAAGUCGCCUUAGUGGGCGCGACUCUUAGUUAUGUUCCGUGAUUGAUACUACUAUGUAUAAAGGUUGUGUAAAUGAGAAAUAGUUGAUGUGAUUAAUACAUAGAGCUCUUGUGCUGAUCUGGGAGGACUAGCACUUGUAUAUUGGUGGCUGAAUAAGAGCUUGUUAGCAGAAUUAUUUA